GCGGCCAUGCCCGAACAUCUCACUGGUGAGUCACUACGGGGGGAUGGUCUGGACGAAAACCAGCAGCACCAGCUCCAAUGUUUCCUCACUAAAUGGCAGCAUGUGUUCUCCACCCACGAGGAGGAUUAUGGAUGUACUAACAUCGUUAGACACCAGAUUCCCACGGGAGAUUCAGCGCCAAGCCGGGAGCGAUAUCGCCCAGUACCACCUACCCUGUAUCAGGAAGUCCGCACGCUACUGCGAGGGAUGUUGGACGGAGGCAUUGUCCGCGAAAGCAGCAGUCCCUGGGCAGCACCCAUCGUACUUGUACAAAAAAAGACUGGGGCCUGGAGGUUCUGUGUCGAUUACCGGAAGCUGAACAGCGUGACUAAGAAGGAUGCUUUCCCCUUACCGCGGAUAGAAGACUCCCUCACCAGCUUGACACAGGCUGCCUGGUACUCCACUGUGGACCUGGCCAGUGGAUAUUGGCAGGUCCAGGUGGAAGCGAGCGACCGAGAGAAGACUGCCUUUACCACCCCUUUUGGCCUGUUUGAGUGGGACCGGAUGCCCUUUGGCCUCUGCAACGCCCCAGCAACCUUCCAGCGGCUGAUGCAGCGAUGUCUGGGCGGGCAGUUGGUCGACUCCACCCUGGUAUACCUGGAUGAUGUCAUAGUGUUCUCCCCAGAUUUCUCCUCCCACCUGAACCAUCUGGAACAAGUGCUGCAGGCCAUGGAGAAGUACGGCCUAAAACUGCGACCGGAGAAGUGCCAGCUGUUCCAGAAGGAGGUUAAGUUCCUGGGCCAUUGCGUCAGUUCCAAAGGAAUCUCCCCCGACCCAGAAAAACUAUCGGCGGUACAAGACUGGGAACCUCCUAAGACCAUCCGACAGGUGAGGUCCUUCCUGGGCUUUGUGGGAUACUACAGGCGCUUCAUUAAGGAUUUUUCUAAAAUCGCUAAACCCCUGAAUGGACUCCUGGUAGGCACAGGACGCUCUCGUGGUCGGGGAUCCUCCGUGGCCUGGAACCCCGAGUGCGAUACAGCUUUUCAAAGACUCAAGCAAGAGCUGUUGCAGUCCCCCAUCCUUGCAUAUGCAGACUUCUCACAACCCUUUAUCCUCUAUACUGAUGCCAGUAACGCAGGGUUGGGCGCUGUACUGGCCCAGCAGCAACAAGGAGUAGAGCGGGUCAUCGCAUAUGCAAGCCGAAGUCUCCAUCCAGCUGAGCGGAACGACUCCCGCUACAGCUCUUUUAAGAUAGAACUCCUAGCCAUGAAGUGGGCCUUAAGUGAAAAGUUUAAAGAUUACUUUAAAUGGGGCGCAAAGGUCAAGGUGGUGACUGAUAAUAACCCCCUUGUCCACCUACAGACAGCCAAACUUGGGGCUGUAGAACAGCGGUGGGUGGCCCAACUGGCCAACUACGACUACCAGAUCCACUAUCGACCGGGUAAGGAACACACUAAUGCUGAUGUGCUGUCUAGGCUCCCGGUUACGGGUGGGACUGACCCAGCCACAACCCCUCCCGUUGAGCCUGAAGACGGGCUACUGGUAGGAGUGGUAGAGGCACCAGGAUCAAGCCGCGAGUUGGUCCCCGCCAGUUGGGGUUGGGACCCAAACCGAUGGGAGGAGCUACAGGGGAAGGAUGACGACAUGGUGGCAGUUCGGACCUACCUGAACCAGAACUCCUUACCCUCGGCGGCAGAGAGGAAGGCCCAAACUCCAACUGUGAGGCAACUCCUGAGUCACUGGAGCAAACUCAGUGUGCGUGAAGGGGUGGUUUGUCGUUCCGUUCAUGACUCUGUAACCCACGACACCAUGUUUCAGGUAGUAGUGCCACAGACCCAGGUACAAUCCCUCCUACAAGCCUACCACACACAGAUGGGUCACCAAGGCCAGGAAAGGACCUUGUCCCUGCUGAGGAGGAACUUUUACUGGCCGAAGAUGGAGGAGUCCGUGGAGGCAUUCAUUCGGGGCUGUCCACGCUGUAUGCUUUUCAAAGCAAGACCAAACACCAAAGCCCCCUUAGUGCCCAUACUGUCUCAGGCUCCCCUCCACACCGUGAGUAUGGACUUUCUAACACUGAGUCGGCCAACGGAUCGUUACCAGAACAUCCUGGUGGUGACCGACUUGUUUACCAAGUACGCUUGGGCCAUCCCCACCACCGACCAGACCGCCACCACCACUGCCAGGGUCCUUUGGGGCGCGGUGUUCCAACCUUUUGGUUGUCCAGAGAUCCUCCACUCUGACCAGGGUCCGAAUUUCGAAUCCAAAGUAAUCCGAGAGCUGUGUCAGCUUUAUGGCUGCCGAAAGACCCAUACCACACCAUAUCACCCCCAGGGUAACGGAGGAUGCGAGAGGUUCAACCAGACCCUGCUGAGCCUUUUGGGAACCUUGGAAGUGGAACAACACAGUAGGUGGGUGGACCAUCUCCCUUUCCUAAUGCAGGCCUAUAACAACAGUGUACAUAGUACCACAGGCUAUGCCCCCGCCUACCUGAUGUUUGGGAGGCAUGUGCGCCUACCCGUUGACCUGCUCCUUGGGACGGCGCCAAGGGACGGACCCCAGAGUACAACAGAAUGGGUGAGUAAACACCAUCAACAGCUUCAUGAUGCCUACAGACGGGUCACUGAGCAUUUAGGUGCUGCGGCUGUCAAGAACAAACGCCUGUACGACCGGAUAGCCCAAGACGCCCCCCUGCUGUCGGGCGAGCGUGUGCUGGUUCGGGACUGCCGACGACAAGGGAAAGGCAAGUUGAGCGACCGGUGGGAGGCCAUGCCCUAUGUGCAAGACCUAGACCGACCACAGACGAAGCGGAUCCCCCACCACAGGCCAGACGCUCCCAACGGGACACACAGGGACAGCCCCCUGCGAGCACGCCCCCAAGUGAUGCCUGUCUUCAUGGGAGCACCAUGGGCACAGAGGUUUGGAGGAAAAGGGUCGGAACUAAGUCUGCAAGAAUGGAAGUCCCAGACUGAAUACCUGGCCGGCUUGCAGGGGCUGAGUGAACAUCAGAGGUUACAGUUUGUACUGGGGUCUCUCGAGGGCGAGGCCAAACGUGAAGUCCAGGCGGCACCAGAAGACCGACGCAACAACUCAAAUGCUGUGUUCGACUUCUUGGCCGGGCUCUAUGGCGACCACACCCCGGUGGCCACUCUGAGGGCCCAGUUUUUCACAUGUAGGCAAGGGCCCACACAAUCACUCCGUUCUUUUGUGUUACAGAUGCGCGAGCUGUUCACCCGGCUACAAGGACGGCGCGACCAUGGCCUUGGCGGUGGAGACACCCUGUUGCGGGACCAGUUCCUCAUGGGGCUCUGUAACACCAAAAUCCGCCAGAGCUUGCGACUGCAGCUUCGUCAUGAUCCAAACUUGACCUUUGAAGACCUCCGGCGAGAGGCCACGGCCCUGGAAUUGGACCAUUCAGAGACGGCUGACCAACCCACAUGCCUGGCUACCAGCACUGCCUGCGCCCCUGCCCCUCCUUCUACGGCCGACUGGAAGCGAGAAGUGCGUGCUGAAGUCAUGAAAGAGGUGAAGGAACAGAUGGCUGAGCUGUCUAAAACCUUCUUAGAAGAGUUACGCCGGGGUCAGUCCAGCCACCAGCCUGGCAACCCCCCCUUGCCCCGUGAACGCUCCUACUCGGAUGGCAGCCGGGAGCCACCAAGGCGUCCGGGUCGGGCGACUGGACCAAGGUUCCAAAACAGCCUGAUUGGACAAUGCCCCACCAUCGAGGUACAGGUCAGGGGUAAGAAGAUCAGAUGUUUGGUCGACACUGGGUCCCAGGUUACCCUGUUCUCGGAAAGCUUGUGCAAAGAACUGUUUAAUCAACAACUCCAGGGAGCGGAAGCACCAUGGCUGACCUUGCGGGGAGCCAAUGGACUCAACAUCCCCUACAUUGGCUAUGUGGUCAGCGACUUCCAGGUUCGAGGCAUCACCGUGCCGGAAAAGGGGGUUGUCAUCGUCCGAGACCACUGUCUGGGUACCCAUCGAGCCCUGUUGGGCAUGAACGUCAUCUCCGCUUGCUGGGAGGAGCUGUUCAAAACCCAACCUACCCAGACGCUCCAACCCACAGAGGGACAGCAGUGGGAACACAUCUUUGCAGACUGCCGUAGGAUCCACACGGCCAAGACCCAGUGGGACCAGGAAGACACCGGCCGGGUGGCCUGCCGUUAUGCCCUUUCCAUCCCAGCCCAGAGUGAAGCCAUAGUCUGGGCCAGGUUGCCAGCCCGGGCCUAUGGACCGGACAACUGGGUCACAGUGGAGCCACACCCGGAAUGCCAGACUAUUGAGGUGGCACGAGGCCUUGCUGCCGUACACCGUGGUCGAGUCCCGGUGAGAGUGCGGAAUGCCAGGCCAUACCCAGUCAACCUCCAUCGCCAUCAAUGUCUGGCCCGAGUCACAGCAGUGGGGCCCCAACAAAUAAGAGAAAGCGGUGAGGUCCGCUUUAAUCAGGUCAGCUGUGGGGUGGUCGAGGUUGACAUCAGCCAGACGGGCCACAAGAUGGGUAUCCCCAGGGCGGCCAUGCCCGAACAUCUCACUGGUGAGUCACUACGGGGGGAUGGUCUGGACGAAAACCAGCAGCACCAGCUCCAAUGUUUCCUCACUAAAUGGCAGCAUGUGUUCUCCACCCACGAGGAGGAUUAUGGAUGUACUAACAUCGUUAGACACCAGAUUCCCACGGGAGAUUCAGCGCCAAGCCGGGAGCGAUAUCGCCCAGUACCACCUACCCUGUAUCAGGAAGUCCGCACGCUACUGCGAGGGAUGUUGGACGGAGGCAUUGUCCGCGAAAGCAGCAGUCCCUGGGCAGCACCCAUCGUACUUGUACAAAAAAAGACUGGGGCCUGGAGGUUCUGUGUCGAUUACCGGAAGCUGAACAGCGUGACUAAGAAGGAUGCUUUCCCCUUACCGCGGAUAGAAGACUCCCUCACCAGCUUGACACAGGCUGCCUGGUACUCCACUGUGGACCUGGCCAGUGGAUAUUGGCAGGUCCAGGUGGAAGCGAGCGACCGAGAGAAGACUGCCUUUACCACCCCUUUUGGCCUGUUUGAGUGGGACCGGAUGCCCUUUGGCCUCUGCAACGCCCCAGCAACCUUCCAGCGGCUGAUGCAGCGAUGUCUGGGCGGGCAGUUGGUCGACUCCACCCUGGUAUACCUGGAUGAUGUCAUAGUGUUCUCCCCAGAUUUCUCCUCCCACCUGAACCAUCUGGAACAAGUGCUGCAGGCCAUGGAGAAGUACGGCCUAAAACUGCGACCGGAGAAGUGCCAGCUGUUCCAGAAGGAGGUUAAGUUCCUGGGCCAUUGCGUCAGUUCCAAAGGAAUCUCCCCCGACCCAGAAAAACUAUCGGCGGUACAAGACUGGGAACCUCCUAAGACCAUCCGACAGGUGAGGUCCUUCCUGGGCUUUGUGGGAUACUACAGGCGCUUCAUUAAGGAUUUUUCUAAAAUCGCUAAACCCCUGAAUGGACUCCUGGUAGGCACAGGACGCUCUCGUGGUCGGGGAUCCUCCGUGGCCUGGAACCCCGAGUGCGAUACAGCUUUUCAAAGACUCAAGCAAGAGCUGUUGCAGUCCCCCAUCCUUGCAUAUGCAGACUUCUCACAACCCUUUAUCCUCUAUACUGAUGCCAGUAACGCAGGGUUGGGCGCUGUACUGGCCCAGCAGCAACAAGGAGUAGAGCGGGUCAUCGCAUAUGCAAGCCGAAGUCUCCAUCCAGCUGAGCGGAACGACUCCCGCUACAGCUCUUUUAAGAUAGAACUCCUAGCCAUGAAGUGGGCCUUAAGUGAAAAGUUUAAAGAUUACUUUAAAUGGGGCGCAAAGGUCAAGGUGGUGACUGAUAAUAACCCCCUUGUCCACCUACAGACAGCCAAACUUGGGGCUGUAGAACAGCGGUGGGUGGCCCAACUGGCCAACUACGACUACCAGAUCCACUAUCGACCGGGUAAGGAACACACUAAUGCUGAUGUGCUGUCUAGGCUCCCGGUUACGGGUGGGACUGACCCAGCCACAACCCCUCCCGUUGAGCCUGAAGACGGGCUACUGGUAGGAGUGGUAGAGGCACCAGGAUCAAGCCGCGAGUUGGUCCCCGCCAGUUGGGGUUGGGACCCAAACCGAUGGGAGGAGCUACAGGGGAAGGAUGACGACAUGGUGGCAGUUCGGACCUACCUGAACCAGAACUCCUUACCCUCGGCGGCAGAGAGGAAGGCCCAAACUCCAACUGUGAGGCAACUCCUGAGUCACUGGAGCAAACUCAGUGUGCGUGAAGGGGUGGUUUGUCGUUCCGUUCAUGACUCUGUAACCCACGACACCAUGUUUCAGGUAGUAGUGCCACAGACCCAGGUACAAUCCCUCCUACAAGCCUACCACACACAGAUGGGUCACCAAGGCCAGGAAAGGACCUUGUCCCUGCUGAGGAGGAACUUUUACUGGCCGAAGAUGGAGGAGUCCGUGGAGGCAUUCAUUCGGGGCUGUCCACGCUGUAUGCUUUUCAAAGCAAGACCAAACACCAAAGCCCCCUUAGUGCCCAUACUGUCUCAGGCUCCCCUCCACACCGUGAGUAUGGACUUUCUAACACUGAGUCGGCCAACGGAUCGUUACCAGAACAUCCUGGUGGUGACCGACUUGUUUACCAAGUACGCUUGGGCCAUCCCCACCACCGACCAGACCGCCACCACCACUGCCAGGGUCCUUUGGGGCGCGGUGUUCCAACCUUUUGGUUGUCCAGAGAUCCUCCACUCUGACCAGGGUCCGAAUUUCGAAUCCAAAGUAAUCCGAGAGCUGUGUCAGCUUUAUGGCUGCCGAAAGACCCAUACCACACCAUAUCACCCCCAGGGUAACGGAGGAUGCGAGAGGUUCAACCAGACCCUGCUGAGCCUUUUGGGAACCUUGGAAGUGGAACAACACAGUAGGUGGGUGGACCAUCUCCCUUUCCUAAUGCAGGCCUAUAACAACAGUGUACAUAGUACCACAGGCUAUGCCCCCGCCUACCUGAUGUUUGGGAGGCAUGUGCGCCUACCCGUUGACCUGCUCCUUGGGACGGCGCCAAGGGACGGACCCCAGAGUACAACAGAAUGGGUGAGUAAACACCAUCAACAGCUUCAUGAUGCCUACAGACGGGUCACUGAGCAUUUAGGUGCUGCGGCUGUCAAGAACAAACGCCUGUACGACCGGAUAGCCCAAGACGCCCCCCUGCUGUCGGGCGAGCGUGUGCUGGUUCGGGACUGCCGACGACAAGGGAAAGGCAAGUUGAGCGACCGGUGGGAGGCCAUGCCCUAUGUGGCAAGAUACACCCGUGAGACCAGCAACCCCGAGACCACCUGGGAUGAGGUGGGCCGUGGUACCAGCAAGACCUAG